AUGGCGGGGGCCGCGACACAGCUCGCUCGGCCGAACCACGGCGGGCGGGGCUCGCGGAAGGAGGAAGUGGUGCGGAUGGCUGCGGCCCUGACGCGGGUGGGCGGCGGCGGGGUUCCUUCUCUGGUGGAGCCGGGCCAGCUCUUCUGCAAGCCGACGCCGCCGCGGACCCGCCUCCUGUUGCGGGCGGACGGAUCCAGCUACAUCUAUAGGCGCUUUGAGAUGGAGGAAAAGAAGCCUUAUGUGAUUGCCAUCAUCGUACAAGUGAUCUACGCUGGCAUGUUCGUCAUCAGUAAGGCGGCCUUCGACCAGGGGAUGAACACCUUUGUAUUCAUCUUCUACCGCCAGGCCGCCGCAUCUCUCCUGUUGCUUCCUGUCGCAGUUUUUCUUGAAAGGUAAACACCUAUGAUUAGCAUUCCCAUGAAAAAUGCACCACCCAUUUCAUUUAAGAUUAUCCUGAAGCUCUUCCUAUAUGCUUUCAUGGGGAAUACAUUUAGCUUAAACUUGUACAACUUAAGUAUGAAGCUCACAUCAGCAACCGUGGCAUCUGCAACAUUGAACUCUCAACCUGUGGUCACCUUCUGCUUGGCGCUGCUAUUAAGGAUGGAGGUGGUUAGGCUGAGGAGCUUCUCUGGAGUAGCCAAGGUCACCGGUGUAGUGCUUUGCCUUGCGGGGGUUUUGGUCAUUGCCUUAUACAGCGGACCUGGGAUAAGCCCUAUCAACCAUCACCGUGUCUUUGCUUCCCAUGCUUUGGGAACUCGAAGCAGGGCCACAUGGAUCAAAGGGACAUUCCUCAUGGUCCUUGCAAACAUGAUAUGGUCCUUGUGGCUUGUUAAGCAGGCUGCGGUACUCAAGGAGUACCCGAACAAGAUGCUUAUGACAUUAUCGCAAAGCGUUUUCAGCACGGUGCAGUCAUUCAUUGUUGCGGUAGUGGCCGAGAGGGACUUUUCUAAGUGGAAGCUCCACCUCGACAUCAGCUUACUGGCAAUCAUUUACAAUGGAUUUAUGGUGAAUGCCGUGUCCUUCUAUUUACAAGCAUGGUGUGUGGAGAUGAAAGGCCCCGUCUUCCUCACCUCCUGGACUCCACUAAGCCUUAUACUCACAAUAUUCUGCUCCUCCGUCCUAGGAGAAACUGUUCACCUCGGCAGUAUUGUUGGUGGAAUACUACUGGUCGGAGGCCUUUACAGCAUGCUAUGGGGUAAAAGCAAGGAAAACAAGGUCUUGCCAUGCAAGGUGAAUACAUUGGGCAUCGGUGUGCAAAAUGAACAGGAGCACCAACACAUGGAACAGAAGAAGGGCACGGAAGAGCAGCAGGUUGAACAAGUCUGA